AUGAGUGAGGUCUUCGAAGGGUACGAGCGCCAGUACUGUGAGCUCUCUGCUAAUCUCUCCCGCAAAUGUAGUUCUACCUCUCUUGUUUCUGACCAAGAACAGAAGGUGCAGAAGUUUUCUGAGAUCAAAGCGGGACUAGACGAUGCUGAUGUUCUGAUUCGGAAAAUGGACCUUGAGGCAAGAAGUAUGCAGCCAAGUGUAAAGGCAAUGCUUCUUGCAAAGUUGAGGGAGUACAAAUCCGAUCUAACCAACUUAAAAAAGGAAUUUAAAAGGCUAACAUCACCUAAUGCUGAUGAGGUUGCCCGUGAGGAAUUGUUGGAGACUGGAAUGGCAGAUGCUCAUUUGGCUUCUGCUGAUCAGAGAGAAAGAUUAACUAUGUCUGUGGAGAGAUUAAACCACUCAGGUGAGAGAAUAAGGGAGAGCCAUAGAACCUUGCUGGAGACUGAAGAACUUGGUGUCUCCAUCCUCCAAGAUUUGCACAAUCAGAGAGAGACUCUUCUGAACUCCCAUAAAAGGCUUCAUGGGGUAGAUGAUGCUAUUGACAAGAGCAAGAAGGUUUUAACUACCAUGUCACGGAGAAUAACUAGAAACAAAUGGAUCGUUGCAUCUGUGAUUGGAGCGCUUGUUUUUGCUAUAGUUGUUAUUCUUUUUUACAAGCUAUCUCGUUAG